UCAUUGCACCUGCUCAUGUAUGCUGAAAUUAAAGUCGAAAACAGUUUCUGUCGAGCAGCCGAACAAGUUGCCGGUGUUUUGUUCUUUUGUGCGCGUUUCACGAAAAUGGCCCCAAUAACCCUCUACACGACGCGUCGCACUCCUGCCGGUAGAGCCGUGGAGAUUACGGCUAAAAUGAUUGGUGUGGAACUGGAGGUAAAAUUUACGGAUCUCACAAAGAAGGAGCAUCUAACUGAGGAAUUCCUGAAGCUCAAUCCGAUGCACACUGUCCCAACGAUUGUCGACGAUGGUGUGGCUCUCUACGACAGUCACGCUAUCAUUAUCUAUUUGGUGUCCAAAUACGCUAAAGAGGAUAAUUUAUACCCCAAAGACCUGGUGACCCAAGCACAUAUCAACGCUUUGCUGCACUUCGAAUCGGGGGUUUUAUUUGCACGACUUCGGGGAACGCUGGAGCCAAUCUUCUAUCAGGGCUGCGGAGAGGUUCCCACAGAGAAACUGAAUGCCAUUCAUGGUGCAUAUGACCUGCUGGAAGGUGCAUUGCAACAGUCGGAUUAUUUGGUUGGUAUCUCACUAACACUGGCCGAUAUAAGUGUCAGUACCUCACUUGCGACUCUGCACGCGCUAUUCCCUGUCGAUGCGCAAAAAUGUCCAAAACUGGUUGCAUACAUCAAAAGACUGGAGCAAAACAUCCCCGACUAUGCUGAGUACAACUCUGCUCGGGCUGAUGAGGCCAACGCUUUCUUCAAGCAAAAGCUGGAGGAGAACAAAAAGAAAUGAAGGAAUUUGAGAUAAGAUUUUCUGAAUAAAGUAAUCAAAUGAGGUGCACUGUU